UCUUACUGUGCUAUUUUUUUAUAAGCAAGAUUAUUUCUAUAAUAUAAAACAUCAAAAGAGAAUAGUCUCAAAGUAAGAAUUUACUUAUUCAAAACCAAAACAAUAUAACCUUUUGUAGAAACACAAAAAUAAGUGUAGGUCCCUAAUUCCAAGAGGCUCACAGGCUUAUGACUAAUUAAAGAACAGAGCUCUGGCAGAAACUUGAAUCCAGCGCUGCUAGGGCAAGGGGAUGCUGGAGGAAGCGAAGAAAGUUUUUACAGAAACCUAGGGCUUUAAAGGAUGUGUUGGAGCUGGCUGCCAACAGUUGCAAAAUGUACAAAGGCUCGGGAAGAAAUGUGCAAGCAAGCACAAAUGAAAAUGAAAACGAAAGCGCCUUUGGAUACUAGUUUAUGGGGCGGCCUGGUUACUGGUUAAUUCUAUCCGAUUUGGCUUCUGUGGCCGUCAAUCAGAAUGACGUCGUUGCUGAUCAGGUUACUCAGACCGCCUGAAUCUGCUACCUGUGCAAUCAGGAAAAGGAAGCCUGGGGAAACGGCCCCCGGUUGUGCAGGAGGGGAGAGCCAUGCAGUGCGCAGAGGCCGGGAAGCCUCUAAUUAAAUUCAACCACUGCAGAAAAUGCAUCUACAGCUUCAGCGUGCCCAGACGCUGCCCCCUCUGCCGGCAGGACGUGGGCUCCAGGAAGCUGGAGGAGGCACCUGUGAGCAUCUCCAACCCGUUUACCAACGGGCAUCAAGAAAAAUGUUCAUUCCUCCUCAGACCAACUCAAGGGACGUUUCUUAGGGAGUAUGACGGAAGGUCUGACCUUCAUGUUGGAAUAGCCAACACAAAUGAGGUGCACUUCCCCUCAAGCUUCUGCACGACUCUGGUUUUGGUUGCAGGAGUUGUCUAUAAUUACACCAUGCACGGUGUCCAGCGAGAUGAAGCAGGCUGGGAGCAGAGUAUAAGUAUCCCAUUAUUGCAGCCCGGCAUGUUUGGACUGAUGGACCAGUGGGACAAGUACCAGGAAGACUUCUCCACCACGGGGGCCUGGCUGCCUCACAGGUAUGAGGAAGACAGCCACAACUGCUACAGUUACACCCUCACAUUCAUUAACUGCAUUCUGACCACAGAAGGAAAGGAGCAACUGGACAAGAAUGAAUUCACGGAGAAAUUUGUGGUCCCAAGGACUAGGAAGGCUUCUAAGUACAUAACACUCUACCGGGCGAUAGAAGAGCGUGGCUUCUAUGCGAUUGACCAUCCAGACCAAGAGUCAAGCCCUCCUCCGGGAAGUGGUUUGUGAUGAGAGCGCUAUGUAAUUGCAGAAGGGACAGGACAUUUGGGGGCAGCUACCUUUAAUAGAUAAUAGGGAUUUCUAAAUACAUUAAACUGUGCUUAAUAAAAAAAGUGAUAGGGCUUUCCUUUAAGCAUACUUCAGCUUACUGCAGUACAAGAAUUUGCAAAAUUAAUAAAUAUUGCCCCGAGUUUUCAAAAUUCUUUUCAUAGCAGUAUGGUUUUCAAACUGAGAAUCUAUGUUAAAGCAUAAAGUGGCAGCAUCUUUUAUUCCCAGAACAAUGAAAACUCUUCCUAUAAAUUAAUCAGAGCUGAAUAAAUUCACCUUUCAAUAUGAA